AAUGAAAAAAAGAAAGAAGAAAAAAUCUGGACACAGAUAUCUUAUCUUAUUAGAAAAGCUCUGUGAAAUUGUUUCUUUGGCGGUGAAUGGAGCUCACCGCUGUUUGUUCGCGAAGCUUUGGACGAGAUGGGCAUGCUGGCUUGCCUUCUGAUCAUAUUGGAGUUCGUGCAAAAGUGAUCUAUGCUGCUGCUCCCGCAGUGGGUCAUGAUCAGGUUGUGCCUCUAAUGCAUCAUGUUCAUUUCUUGCUUUCAAGCAAAUUGUUUGGAAGAGAAUGUGUUCCUCUUUGGACCAGACGUGGUUUGGGACGACUUCCUGAAAGGGCAAGAGCUGGACGCUGCUAUGCUGUAUCAUUAGGAAUUGGAGAUGCUGCAGUUUCUACUUCUGAAUUUGAAGAUUUUUCUGUUACCACGAGCGGUGUCAAUGGUUCUAACGAAUUGAAGAUAAGUGUUAAUGUCUCGGGUGCCAAAACUGAAGAGAUCUUUGGCAAGGUGUUUUCAAGAAUGGUUGAAGAUGCUCAACCUAUUCCAGGGUUUCGAAGAGUAAAAGGAGGAAAAACUCCCAAUAUACCAAGAGAUAUUCUUAUUGAGAUUCUUGGAUACUCAAAAGUUUACAAGCAAGUUAUCAAGAAAAUAAUCAACUCUACCAUCAGCGAAUAUGUAGAAAAGGAUGGUCUAACAGUUUUGAAAGAUUUACUAAUUGAGCAAAGUUUUGAAGAUCUUGAAGCAAUAUUUGAACCUGGUGAGCCAUUCACAUUCAGUGCAAUUGUUCAGCGUCGAGAUCCUAAGUAAACUGAUUAUACAUUCACCAUUCUCUGGAACAAAUAGCAGUGGCUUUCAGAUUAUAGACUGUUGCAGAAAAAGUUUGUGGAAGGUUUUCUUCUCUCCUUUCUUUUUUCAAGAAAAGUGUAGGUGGAAGGAAAGAACAAGGAUUUUUCUGAUAAUGGAUUUGAAAUGGAAUUUUUAUUGUAUAUGAAUGAGGAUUCGAUUUAAAUUUGUAGUUAGAGUGAAUUGCCAACACAUGAAAAAGCAGCAUGUGAAAGCACUCAAUAGCGUGGCCUAGUGGUCAAUGAAGUGGGUGUAAAUUUUGGUGACAGAGAAAAAAUGCUAGGUAAUUUCUUCCUAUCCGUCUAAGACUUAGGUGGGGAGUUAUUCGGUACGGGUGACAAGUAUCCGAUGGAAUAGUUGAAGUGUGUGCAUUGGUUUGGCCACUACCUACAUCUGCAAUUCAAAUUGGAGCCUUUGCAAGUUAUACUUUCAUGUAAUUAAAGUUGAAAGAAUAAAAUAGAAAGUUUGUAUAUUUGCCGUUGGAUUAUCAUGAUCAAAGGCAUAUCAGUCUAAUCCACUGAAUUGUUCAAAUU